AAGAAGCUUCAUCUCGCCUUCACUAGCUUUUGUUGUCCGUGUCCAGUUUCUCCUAAAUCGAAAUGGAAUUGACGUUCUCUCUUAUUGUACAGUUUGCAUACAUAUGCUGCGUUUAUUGCGAGAGACACCAUCUCCUGUUUGUUUACACCGUCCUCAGCAAACCUGAAGGAGUCUCUGGUCCUGUGUUCAGUGCAGUGUGUGUGUAUGACGACAGAUCGAUCUCUCACUACAGUAUUAAAGAAGGAACCUGGAAAAGAGAUCGUUUGGAUGCAGAAAUCUGGAGAUAUACCAGAGAACCUCAUGAAUCUAGAGAAUGGUUCAUAAAUCUGUUUAACUCUCUGGCAAACUGCAGAAGCUCCAGAUGUGAAGGCCUCCAUACACUACAGAGGAGAGUCGGCUGUGAGGUGGAGAAACAUCCAGAUGGAGCAGUGAUGAAUGUGAACGCACUUGACGAGUACGGAUAUGAUGGAGAGGAUUAUAUUUUCUUUAAUUAUUACAUAACGCAGUGGAAGGAGAAAAGACCAAAUGCAAAAGAAACCAAAAUGAAAUGGGACGCUGACAGAUUUCGCAAUCAUCUUCUCCAGUUCUACCUCAAAGACUGCAUGGACUGGAUCUCCACAUAUAAUGCUUCGAUUAACACUCCUCCAGUUCUUCACAUGUUUGCAUCUGCAGCUCCUCAUGACCAAAGUGAGCUGAAUCUGACCUGUCUGGCCACUGGCUUCUACCCCAAACACAUAGAGAUGAAGAUCACGCUAAACAACAUCACACUCCAACCCUUCAGCUCUUCUGGAGUCAGACCCAAUGAUAACCAAACCUUUCAGAUGAGAACCAGUGUGAAGAUGCACCGAGAUGAGAAACAGGGCUAUGAGUGUCACGUCCUUCACAGCGGUCAGACAUUUACAACAUCAUGGGAUAGAAGUCCUGGUUCUAGAUGGCAUUAUUGGGCAGCAGUAGCUGCAGGUGCUCUUGUGAUUGAAGUUCUAUGCAUCACAUAUUUCAUCUACAAAAACAGAAGGUUCAACGGCCAGAUGAACUGCUGUAGUUCCACCACAGAACAUCAUGAAAACAUCACCUCAAGAUCAGCGGAUCCCCUCACUGCAAGUGAUUCACAUGACAGCAUUGCACUACUGUAGAUACACACUGAGAAGCAGGAUCCUUGAUGUGUCAUCUAUGAUUAUAUCAUGUCAUGAGUGAGUAAGUAACUUUUUUUUUGCAGUAUUAGGUUUUUAAUUGGGAUUACAGGACAGCCUAAAAUUUACACAAGAAAUGAUGUAGAACUUUUAACAGUAACACACUGUUUUAAUUUAAUUUUGUUUGCUUUAAUUUUAUAUGCUUAAUUUUAUAUUUGUUUUGUCAUCACAUCGUUGAAUUGCUAUUCCCUUUCCUGAAAACACAACAAAGCUUUAUUAUUACCUCAAACUACUUUUUACUUUUCUCAGUUGCUCAGUUCAGUCAGUUCAGUUCAGAAGUCUAAAC